CGCGCACGGGGCGCGCGGCCGCCAUCUCGCGAGGGAGCGCUGCACAAGAUGGCGGCCGGCCGGCUAGUUCUCGCGGUCGCCGCGGCGACGGUGGCGCUGCAGGUGGCUGUGGCGGCGCCUGGCGCGCCCGGCGCGGCACUGCAGCACAGCCUGAGGGAGGAGGACUUCAUAGAGGAUGUCGGCGCGCUGGCGGCUCGGCGGAAGUUGGCCCCGUGGGAGGUGAGCGGCAAGUUCGAGGGCGACAUCAUGCUGCCACCUGGCGUGAGCGCCGCGAACCUCAGCGCCGCCAACGGCCUGCGACACUGGCGCCCGCGCUGGCCCGGCGGCGUCGUGCCGUACCACAUCGACCCCGUCUUCAGCACAGCGCAGAGAGCCGUCAUCACGAGGGCGCUGGAGGAGUUCCACGAGAAGUCGUGCAUCAGGUUCCGGCCCUUCCAGCCCUCGGACCGCGACUUUGUGUACGUGUCCGGUGAGCCGACCGGCUGCUGGGCCUACGUUGGCCGCCUCAACGGGGGCCAACUGCUGAACCUGCAGAGGAACGGCUGUGUGCAUCACGGUGUGGUGGUGCACGAGUUCCUGCAUGCGCUGGGCUUCUACCACCAGCAGAGCGCCACCGAGCGCGACGACUACGUGCGGGUGCUAUGGGAGAACAUCGAGGCCGGCAUGGAACAUAACUUCGACAAGUAUAGCGAGUCCUUCAUCACCAACUACAACACCACAUAUGACUUCCAGAGUGUGAUGCACUACAGCGCCACGGCCUUCACCAAGAACGGCCUGCCCACACUCGAGGCUCUGGUGCCUGGAGUGACUACAAUGGGCCAGUAUGAUGGAAUGACAGACAUCGAUAUCGUGAAGCUCCAAAGAAUGUACGGCUGCAUGGACUGAAUACAUGGCAAUAAAAAUGCUUCAGUGAU